AUGGAUUACGAUUUUUCUAACAAAGUGGUGCUAAUAACCGGUGCAAGUGCUGGUAUAGGAGAGUCCACCGCUCUCCUGUUCGCUAAACUUGGCGCGAAGCUGUCGCUGGUGGGAAGAAAUGAAGCUCACUUGCGAGCAGUCGCGGCCGAGUGUGAGAAGCAGAAGGGCGUGAAGCCGCUGGCGAUCGUCGCGGACCUGGGGACUGAUGAAGGGGUCCAGAAGACUGCCAAGGAGACUCUUGAGCAUUUUAAGAGGUUGGAUGUCUUGGUGAACAAUGCAGCCGUCGGAGCCCGCACCACUCUCCUGCACGAGACUGACAUGAAGAUCUUCGAUGACGUGUUCACGAUCAACGUGCGCGGCGUUUACCUGCUCACCAAGCUGCUGGCGCCAGCCCUCAUCGAGACCAAGGGAAAUAUCAUCAAUGUCUCCAGCGUAUCAGCUACUAUGGUAGCAUUGGGCACUUUGCCGUACGGAAUGGCAAAGGCGGCUCUGGACCACUUCACUCGCCUGGUCUCCCUUGAGCUGGCUUCAAAGGGCGUCCGAGUCAACGCAGUCAGUCCAGGAAUGACUGUUUCGAGCUUCGUGAAGCGUUUAACAGGAUCCACUGACGAGGAGUACCAAGCUUGGUUGGCAGCUACCAGUAAAUAUAUUCCCAUGGGAGAGCCAUGCGUCGGAGACGACAUCGCCAAGAUGAUCGUGCACGUUGCUAGCGAGCAUAGCAGGCUGGUCACAGGGACGAUAGUGGAGGUGGACGGGGGAAUGAGGUUCGGCAACUUUUCGAAUGCGUUUAGUAAGCAAGCUAAGUGA